AUGGGAACCCAAUUGUCAACCAACCAUUUUGGUGCCACAAAACCUAUUUAUGCUCCUGAACCUUCUGAUGUUGGGCGAUUAGUUGAAGCUGAGGUCAUUUCAGAUAGGUUGAGUAUCACUUUAACAACCUCUGGUCCCAUUGUACUAGCAUUAGGAAACUAUGUGGAAGCAUUGGCUAAAUGCAGAGAGACAGGGGAAAUUGUGGCGAUCAAGAAAGUUCUUCAAGACAAACAUUACAACAACAGAGAGCUACAAGUUAUGCAAAUGUUGGAUCAUCCAAAUGUUGUGGCAUUGAAGCACUCUUUCUUUUCAACCACUGAAAAAGAGGAGCUUUGCCACAAUCUUGUUCUUGAUUUUGUUACAUAA